AUAGAUUUAAAACCUCUGGUUAUUGAUUAGUUCUUACAACAUAAAACGAACUAGUAACAAUCUAAACAGUUAGAGAUUACAAGCUAAACAUCAUUAAAGAAGAAGUUUAUUCAAAUAUCAAAUUUCAUUUAAAAUGGUUGAAGCCAUUGUUUCAUUUGCAGUACAGAGAUUAGGUGAUGCACUCAUCAAAGAAGCAGUUUCCUUGCGUGGUGUUCAUGAACAGGUCGAACAAUUGGGUAAUGAACUGAGAAGGAUGCUUUGCUUCUUGAAAGAUGCAGAUUCAAAGGAACAACAAGGUGACGAGCUCGUUCGUAAUUGGGUUUCAGAGAUCAGAGAUGUAGCUUAUGAUUCCGAAGACGUCAUUGACAAAUACGUCCUGAAAGUCGCAUCAAGAGAAAGAGGAUGCAUUAUGAAUUUUCUCAUCAAAAGUGCUUGUAUAAUCAACACAAGAAAACAUCAAUACAAAGUUAGCAAGGAGAUUCAAUCCAUCCUUACUAAACUCCAAAACAUCUCUGAUAGUCGAGUAACCUAUGAUAUAAAAUGCAUUCGUGAUGAAGAAACUCCAAGUGUUGUGGAAAGUCAAAAGCUGCAACAAUUGAGACGGUCUUAUCCCCAUGUUGAAGAUGAGGAUGUCAUUGGGUUAGAGAAGCACACCAGUGAGUUAAUAGCUGAACUGACAAAAGAGGAGGAACGCCGUUGUGUAAUUUCUAUCAUUGGUGUGGGAGGUCUCGGCAAAACCACUCUGGCUAAGACUGUAUAUAGGCAAAAUAUUGUCAAGAACCAUUUCCAGUUUUGUGCUUGGACUUUUGUAUCUCAAAGAUGCAGCAAGAGAGACAUCUUAAAAGAGAUUCUUAAAAACGCCUCUCUAUUAUCCCAAGAACUGAAGGAGAUCGAAGAUAAAAAUGAGGAAGAUCUUGUGCAGUUGUUAUAUAAGUAUUUGCAAGAUAAGCGAUACCUGGUGGUUCUUGAUGACAUCUGGAGUUCGGAAGCUUGGGAUAUUCUAAGCCCAGCUUUUCCAAAUGGAGUGAAGGGAAGUAAAGUACUGCUCACCACUCGCAACAAAGAAGUAGCUUUACGUUCAGAUCCAUGGAGUCUUCACCUUGAGCCUCGGUUAUUAACUGAUGAAGAGAGUUGGUGUUUACUGUGUAAGAAGGCAUUACCUACAACCAAUAUGGCAGAGACAAGUAUUUCUCCAGGUUUGCAGAAGAUAGGAAGAGAAAUUGUGAGAAUGUGUGGUGGUCUACCCUUGGGUGUCACUGUUCUUGGAGGAUUUUUAGCAACUAAGAAGACAGAUAUAACUGAAUGGGAGAUUGUGCAAAGAAACAUGAAUACUCACAUGAAUCGAGGUCCAAACGGAGUCAUGGGUAUAUUAUCUCUAAGUUACAAUGAUCUACCACACCACUUGAAACCUUGCUUUCUCUAUUUAAGCUGUUUCCCAGAGGACUGCGAAAUUCCAGUAAGGAAACUGAUCCAGUUGUGGACUGCUGAAGGUUUCAUACCACAGUUAAAUGGAGACACAAUGGAAGACCUGGCAGAACAAGAAUACUUAACAGAAUUGAUUCAAAGGUGCAUGGUCCAAGUUUCUGAAAAAAGCCUGGCAGGGAGAGUUAAAACAUGCCGGUUACAUGAUCUUAUGCGAGACCUAUGUUUGCUAAGGGCAAGAGAGGAGAACUUUCUUGAUAUCCGUGACCAGGAGGUUGCGGACUCUCCUACUACUCACUGGAGAUUAAGGAGACUAGCUGUGCAUAAAGACCAACAAAGGUACAUUUCUUUGGAAAAGUCUUCAUAUCUUCGCCUUCGGACACUUGUUUACUGUCCUAAUCAGAAUAGCUAUCUUUUCCAUAAUGUGCAACUUCACCACCAAAAUCUCAAGUUACUUAGAGUGCUAGAUCUCAGAGGUGUUUAUGAUGACACCGGAAGCACAACCAGACAAAUCGGGAAGUUAGUUCACUUAAGGUACUUAGGAUUGACAAACAUACGGAUAGGAAGAAUUUCACCAGGUAUUGGCAAUUUGCGUUACCUACAAACUCUAGACUUAAGUGGAUAUUUUGGAACUGUGCCCAAGACUAUUCAGAAGAUGGAACAGUUAAGACAUUUGCAUUUAUAUAGCGGUCAGAAGCACUUGCAAAUAGGCAAUUUAAUAAACCUGCAGACUCUAAAAUGGGUAACGGCUGGCAGAUGGAUGACUAAAGGAGGUUUGAUUAGGAUGACCAAUCUUAGGAAACUGGGUAUAUGUGGGCUCUUAGGAUCAGAACUAGAAGAAAUCCUAGACUCCAUUGUUCAUAGGUCGACAGACCACAACCCUCUUAGAUCCUUGUAUCUGCAUUUGGAUCUUCCGAAUCCGGAGUUCUUUCCGAGUAUGGAACGACUUUCUCAGUGUCAUAAUCUUCACAAACUGAGUUUGAGUGGCUUCUGUAAGGAGAAUUACUUCAAAUUCCCACGAAACAUCACCAAGUUGACCUUGGCUUGGACAUGUUUCUUUCAAGACCCCUGGGCAGAUUUGCAACAUUUGCUAAACCUGAAGUACCUAGACAUGAGAAGUGCUUAUAAUGGCGAGGAACUGGUAUGCAAAGCAAAAGGGUUCCCUCAACUCCAACAUUUACACCUUAAGAAACUGCCACACCUGAAACAGUUUAGAGUCCAUAAAGGUGGGAUGCCAAAUCUAAAGCACUUAAAGAUAUCGAAUUGUAGUAAAUUGGUUAUGCUUCCUAGAGGUCUGAAGUUUGUUACCACCAUACAAAAAUUGGAGAUCAACAACAUGCCUUUGGAUUUUCAAGCUAGGGUUUCAAAAAAGGGAGCGGACUGGUACAAGGUUCGGCACAUUUCAUCCAUUACAUUAAAAGUAGAACCUGAAACUAUUAUCUUUUAACUAUGUAAAUCAAGAUUGUUAUCAAUUUGUGUAAGUCAUUUUUGUAAAUGAUCUGAUAAAUACCAAAGCCUGUGUAUUGUAGCUCAGAUCACCAUUAAAUAAAUACUAUAGCAGACGGUUGUCUUCAUCUAGCAUACAUGGAAUAAUGGGCAUUACUAUGAACUAACCAAAUCUCGUUCUAAGAUUUCCCUGAAUCCUAUAGCAUAAGAACUUGAAAUGAUACCUUAUCAAUGUUGAGUAUGGCUAUCAAAUUUAAUUCUCCAUGUACCUCCAUUGAUUCAAUUGGCAUCCAUUGCAGUGAUUUCAAAACUGAAAAAUUGUUCAUGUCUUCUUUACUUUGAUCUUCGAGUUCAGAAGAUGUUUUCAGAAAGAGAGAGCGAGAGAGAUGACUAUGAAGCGACUGGUAAAUGGGUUUGCUUUGCUCCACUGGUUCGGCAGAUGAACUGAAUUGAUGGAGAGAACGGAAACCGAAAAGCAGUGCUUCACUGUGGUUUUGGGCCUUUUGGCAUUUGUUCUUCCGCACUAAUGUUGGUUAAUAUUACGCACGUUACAUGUAAGUCCAACAAAAUCUUAUUUAUUGAACAUUUACUACUUUACAACAAAAUCCGUUCAUUAAUAAAUACUAAUUAUGAAAGAAAAUUGAAAAAACAACUGAUCUUGCUAGCCUAAUGUUCUGAAGGUUAAUUCUAAUCUUCAAAACAAC